ACGGGUUAGUUGAAAGACAAUCUAGGCACCAAACGACCCAUUCAGGUUCCUAAUAGGCGUGUGCGCACAUUCGAUGCAGCUCUCUCGUCAUCACAAAACUGAUACUCACAAGCUCAGGGUUUGUGAAUUCUAGGGCUUCUAAAGGAGAUCUAGAAGCUUCUUUCUCAGAUCCCAAUUUUCCUCAAUUUGCAGUCGAAAAUGGCGCCUCUUCCAGCACCAUACUCAGGAACCAGCACUCUUGCUCUGGUGGCGCGCGCAUCAGCAUUUACCUUUGGACUCGCUUAUGGAAGCGUUAAGCUCAAGUAUCUCAGGGCAAAGGCCAAGUCUCAAAAGAAGGCGGAAGCUAAGGCACAUCACUGAAAGAUAACUCAUGGUGGAUUUGCUCUUUGCUGAUAGAAUAAGAUGUGGCUGAUUAAACUGUAUCACGUUUCACCUGAUGCUUAUACGAUAAUUAGAUUCUGACUUGUAGCUGUUCAAUAUUGUGGUCUUUAAUGGUUCAGUGGUUUCUACACGAUCAAAUAUUAUAUUUGAAGUAA